UCCCUGACAAGAAACCUGCCAGCCUGGCAGAGUGGUUGUCAGCGAUAGGGCUGAGUCAGUACCAGCAGGUUCUGGUGCAGAACGGAUAUGAAAACAUCGACUUCAUCACAGACAUCACCUGGGAGGACCUGCAGGAGAUAGGCAUCAUGAAGCUGGGUCACCAGAAGAAGCUGAUGCUAGCUGUGAAGCGAUUGGCUGAGAUGCAGCGUGGCUCUGAGGGGCGGAGCUCCCCCAGGAAGAAGCCUCCACCAAUCACACAGCAGCAGGAAGUGAUGUCCAUAGAGAACAGGCCCCCUGACAACGAAGUCGUCACUUCUCCCAAGUUGUGCACCUUCCAGGACAGCGAGUUGAGCUCCGAGCUGCAGACAGCGCUGAUCCAGCCUAUCCCAGAGGUCAAGGGUCAGAGGACCCGCAGCCUCAGCAAGGACCCUGAGGAGGGAGUAGGGCCAGGGGGUAGAGGAGGAGGAGGAGUGCCCCCUAAGAAGGAGGCUCGGACCAUGAGACAGACCAGCCAGGGGAGCCAGAGAGGCAGCACCUCAUCCAAACCUCGCCCACCCUCCCACGCCCACUCAAUGCCGGCACCCCCUUACACUCCCCCUCACACCCCCACCAAGAAACCCCUGCACUCCUCCACCUCCGCCCCGGGCCCCUCACCGCAGGCCAAACCCAAAUCCUCCCCACAGCUAAUACAACGAGAGAGGCCUGGUUCCCCCCGCUCCCACCCCCUGUCCAACGCACAUCGCGGGACUCACAACACCCAGACUCAGCCUGGUCCUCAGCCCCAGCCUGGUCCUCAGCCCCAGCCUGGUCCUCAGCCCCAGCCUGGUCCUCAGCCCCAGCCUGGUCCUCAGCCCCAGCCUGGUACUCAGCCCCAGCACCAACCCAUACCUACUCCCCAAUCUCAGCCUACAGCCCACCCGACGGAGGAAGAGGAGAGGGAGAGGGAGAAAGAGAGGGGGAUUGAGAGGGAGAAAGAGAGGGGGAUUGAGAGGGAGAAAGAGAGGGGGAUUGAGAGGGAGAAAGAGAGGGCGAUUGAGAAGGAGAGCACCCUCCAGCCGCAGCCCAGCCCCCAGGUGUCUGUUCCCCUCCUAUGCCUGCCUCCGGAGGCUGAGGGGGGAGACGGGGGAGAGAUGGGUGAGGCGGGUGAGGCCCUCCUUAAGAAGCGAGCUAACAGUCUGAACCGCUACGCUGGGUCUGACGGAGAGGGGGAGGAGAGGGGGGGUGGAGGUGCAGGGGCGGGGACAGGAGUGGCCCCUCCAGGGAGGCUAGCAGGGGGCGGUACAGGUAAAUACGCCACGGUGACUCACCGGGUCAGCCGCAGCCACUCCGUACGCAACCAGGACAAGAACGUCAACCGCAGCCAAUCACAGUCCAUCGCCCUACGGCCCAAGAAGAAAGGCCCGCCCCCUCCGCCUCCCAAACGCUCCAGCUCAGCUAUCUCGAACUCCAACCUCGCCGACACACACACGCCGACACACACACACGCGGCGGACGGGCUGCUGGGUGUGCCCUACAACCCCCAGCGACGGGCCAGCGACCUGGGUGUAUCCGUGGAGACGGUCGUCGUGGAUACGGGGAGCGCGGGCAGCGUGAGGAGCAUAGCGGCCAUGUUGGAAAUGUCCUCUAUCGGGGGCGGGGCCAAGGGCAUGGCUAUACAGAGAAACUUCCUACAGCGGGAUGCCAUUGGUCUGGACGGGGAGGUGGUGAACCGCCGUAGAACCAUCAGUGGUCCUGUUACUGAGCUGGUCGCUGCAGCAAGGAGGGACAGACCUACCCCCGUACCCCUGUGUACCGCACCCCAACCCUCCCCUCUCCCUUCUACACCCCAGCUUCCUUCCUCCCCUCGCUCCCCCUCCUCCCCUCACCCCUCGUCUCCUCACCCCUCGUCUCCUCACCCCUCGUCUCCUCACCCCUCGUCUCCUCACACCCCUUCUUCCGGUAGUUCGGCCGAGAACCUUCCGUUUGCUGCUGAGAGGAAACAGACCGUGAAGAGGCAGAGAGGAGAGGGGGAGGAAGAAGGAGAAACGGAGGGCGAUGGAGACGGUCUCCAUGGAGACGGCGUGUUCUCCCUUCCCCAGGAUGAGCUGUCCCGGGUCGAAAUCACGGCAACCCUGAAACGGCGUCCCCGCUGCAACAAGCCUCACCCCAACGGGUCGCGUUUCACCCUGACAGAGUCUUCCACCGUCAAGCGCCGUCCCAAGAGCAGAGACAAGGAGCCGGAGGGCUUCUCAGAGAGCGGCAUUGCAGACAUCACCGGGACCUCCAAGACAUGGGCCUCUAACACCGGGGCCUCUAACACCGGAGCCUCUAACACCGGGGCCUCUAACACCGGGGCCGUUCACACCGGGGCUUUUCCCGGGCCGGAGCCGGGGCCAGCCGUACCGUAUGAGAACGGCACCGCCACCGUUAAACGCCGGCCGGUGUAUGAGACGGGAGAAGCGGAGCCUAGUCCGAUCCAGGCUACGCCUGCUCUCAGGGACAGCUCAGACCUGGGAGGACCAGGGGUGGUGGCGGGGGGAGAAGGGGGAGGAGCGGUGACCCCUGUGAGGAAACCCAAACCCCCCGUCUCCCCCAAACCAGUCCUGGCUCAGAUGAGGAGACACUCCUCCUCUAGAAAAGUCCCCCUGCCUGGACCUGGCACCCCCGGCAGCCCAGUUGAAUCAAAGAAGAUUCCUCCCCCAGUCUCCCCCAAACCGGCUCCUCCCCCACAGCCCCUAAACCAACCAAACACCUCCACUCUAUAACCACACCCACCUCCCCCCUACUCCUCCCCCCCCCAACCCCAACGCCAAACCCCCCACCCCUCCCGCCCAGAGUCCCCACACCCCACUCACCCCCCAGAGUCCCCACACCCCCCUCACACCCACCCCUCCACCUAUCAAACCCCCCCGCUCCUCCAUCGGGGGCGUGUCCGUGGACAUGGGAACCGUGGCGGCGGUCAGCGUGGUGAUGUCAGAGGCGGAGUCUGUGCAUCAGAAGCUGGAGGAGACGAGCGCGUCAUUGGCUGCUGCCUUAAAGGCUGUAGAGGACAAGAUACGAGAGGAACAAGAUUGGGUUGCAGAGGAGAAGACGACGGUCAGUAUCCUUGACGACAUCGGCAGCAUGUUUGACGACCUGGCCGACCAGCUUGACGCCAUGUUGGAGUAACCGUGACAACAGCUGGCCGUUCCCUUUGACAAAGCAGCCUGCCUCAGGACUUCCUCCUUCCCUCCGCAGGCACAACGCUCCUCUCUCUCUCCAUCCUCCUCUGUCCACUAAAGGACAGAGGACCACUCCAUUACAGAGGAGAACUCUUGGCCGCUAGGCUGUCCUGUCACAGCUUAACAAGCAGUUACAGCCUCAUGUGAUGAAUUGUAGUUAUGGUAUGUGAUGUGUACAUUGUCAGCAUGAAGAGCGUUUAUAUUUACAGAAAACAGGCUCCUCUCUGAGAGAGAGUCAUGCAUUAGUUCAGUCAUAUUAUAAAUAUAUAUAUAUAAAAUAUAUAGAUAUACGAUUUGGUCUUCUCUGUUGAAUGGUUAUGCUGUUGUCAUGUUUAUGAAUCGCUGGAAUUUUAAUGUGACCAAAAUGUAACUCUGCUCCUGAAGUGUGUGUUCUGGAAUCGUGAGUGUUCUGGAAUCGUGAGUGUUCUGGAAUCGUGUGUGUUCUGGAAUCGUGAGUGUUCUGGAAUCGUGAGUGUUCUGGAAUCGUGUGUGUUCUGGACGGAGAGGAGGAGAUGACAGCUGGUUGGAUGUAAAGGGCUUCGGAAUGGCAGAACUUCCUGUACAAGCCCCGCCUCCAGAGGCCAGAUUCCGAUGUUAUUCUCUCCUCCUUCCAUAACAUACCCCUCCCUCCCUGUUAUUAACACAGCACAGUGUUGAGUCUAGGGUUAGGGCUCUGGUGGGGGGGGGGUCAAGGGUUCUAGAGGUUCAGAACCAUGUUAACCUCUACUGCACAAUAGAGAAAGUAUAGUUUAAGUUUACUUAGCGUGGUUACGGGCUGACUGAACUGGAACGAAGGGCUCUGUUCAGUCUGGAGAGAUGAAGUGGUACAGAUGGCGGAAUAAGAGAUGGUCCCCUUUGACACGACAUAUACAGCUGAGUCUGUCGUUGUCGCGGCAACGUUGCCUUUAUACUCCAGUGACAUUAAAACGCUGAUAGUUCCACGAUAAGGGAUCAGAGGGAGGGGAACAGAGUCCUCACUUCAAGCUGAGGGGGAGGGGGGGGUCUGAUGGUGAUGGUGGUGAUGGUGGCUCAUCUCCAAUUCUCUACUUUACUGCAUCUCUCCCCCCUCACUAUUCUCUCUCUCUCUCCCCUCACUAUUCUCUCUCUCUCCCCCCCUCACUAUUCUCUCUCCCCCUCACUAUUCUCUCUCCCCCUCACUAUUCUCUCUCUCCCUCACUA